GUAUCCGUCCAUCAGCGAUCAGCAGCUGACGAAGUUAAAAAUACUCAUCCAGUGAGCCGAGACUGUCAACCUCUGGACUAUACAGGCCAAGAGGGAUUUCAGUUUGAUGAGAAUGGGAUGAUUCUUCCACACAGCAUCUUGGGUUCCUUAGAGGAUUUUAGAAGUUACCUUGAGGCCAAAGGAGAGACCGAAUUAGUGAAACGAAUACCAACCUCUGUAAACAACUACACAUCUGAGACCACAGGAAGGCGUCACAUCAACACGGUAAAGAGGGAGAGUUUCUCAGCCCACAGAAACAUCCAGAGUAAUGCUCUGCAGAACUGGGAACAACAUGCAAGGCAUCGCAGACAGCAACAGGACUUCUUAUCUCACCUGCUCAACGAGCCGGUGGAAAACUUGCUGAUGAACAAAGCUAACCAUUUCAGAGAAAUUCAGGAGCAAAGGGAAAUUCUAAACCAAGCUUUGCCAAACAUCUUCUCUGGAUAUGGUUAUCGAGUGGGAAGUGAGUUUUGGAGUCUCCCGCAGCAUCUGGGAGAUGAAAUGAGUGGUAUUACAGCCACUCUGACUCAGACGGAGCUGGGAAAACAGAAACCUAUCACGCGUGUAGGACAACCGAACAGCAUACGCCAGCAGUUAGGACUUUCUGCGGAAACUCCCAAAAAUCCGGCUGGCUGGGACCAGAGUGUAUACCUUCAACAACAGUGCCAGGAACUUAAAGAUGUUUUGGAGGACAUGGACAUCAGAAAGCCAGACAUCAGUGCAAUAGAGGUGGUCUGCUCAGGAAAGCCAUUCAUCCCUGAGUGUCGAAGUCCCUUAAUGGAGGAUAAGGAGGAGGAGAAAGGGCACAAGGAGAUGAAAGAGAGGAACUUGGGUCCAUUAGCAAAGUUCGAUGAUGUGCAAAUAGAACCUAAGCCCAUCCCUGCCCUGAGGGUGUGUGGUCAGCUUGCUAGCUGGACUGGGAACGUUCCCUCUAAGCAGGGGGAAGUAGGAAUCAGCACCUCAAUUACCUUUGAAGCCCUGGUAGGAGAAGUAGCCUUGUCCAACCUGGAGCUACACAACGAGGGAACUACAACUAUCUUUUACAGCUGGACAAAGAUUACCCCUCCACAACGUUUCACUCACCUUCAUUCACAAACCAAGACAGCCUUCUAUUUCAAUACCUCUCCGGGUGUGAUCCUUCCCCGUGAAACCCAGCAGAUAGAGUUUAUAUUUAAGUCAUAUAACCAAGGUGUCAGAACUGAACUUUGGCAGCUCAACACCCAUCCCCUAUUGAUGCAAGGAGCCUCCAUGCAACUUGGGCUGAUGGGAGUCUCCCUGUGCCAGGACAAAACCGCAGACCAGAGGUUAUUUUUAGAGACCAAGUUGGAAAAGAAAGUGGCAAAAAAUAUAUGUCGUUCAAUAGUAUAUGAGGUGCUUCAGGGGGUCCACAGCCCUGAAAGACCCAGCUCACCUACAGAACUUUACAUCACUGAAGAGCAGCAGUUCUGGAUCAAAAACCCCGAGUUUCAGGACCUUAAAAAUCCAGUAGAAGCCCUGGAGAGAAUGUGGCUUAAAGUGAGUCCAGGACACGCUUGGGAUCUAUCUGUUGAUACACUGCGACAGACUGUGCUUUCUCUGCCCCAUGAGGGAGCAUCACUGGAGUCCUCGGCCAGAGAAGAGAGCCUUGUUGAUCUCAAUGCUCUGCUUCUGCAACUCUCUGAGCCUUCUUUACUAAAACGUCACAAUCCAACAGCUCUCGCUAUAGGGCAGCAGUCAUGGAAGAAACUGCUGGACACCAUGAGUGAGGAAGCCAUGAGGCUCAGACCUCUGCUGGGUCUUCCAGAAAAAAAAGGAUGGAUUGAUGAAAAUCAAGAAUCAAUAUUAAGUCCGGAUGUGGGUGGUAAUGCACACAAAGAUGACCAGAAUGAGAAAAAGUCAGAAGGCAGUGAGGAAUCUAUCAAUGUGCAGAGAUCGAAAUCUAAAGAUGACAGCAGACCACAGUCCAAGCCACCAAUGGUUAAGAAGCCAGUGAAGGAUGACGUACGAAAGCCCGCUAAAACAAAGAAAGGAAAGGAGUCUAUCUCACCGAUCACUGCUCCAGAAAACAUCAUUCAACAACCAGUUGAGGAGCAGUGUGUAAACUCGGAGGAGGAACUUCAUACUUACAAAAGGCUUCUACACAGAAAGGUUUAUGGUCUGAUGGAGGACCUGCUGGACAACAUGUGUGACCGGAUGGAUGGACUUACUGAAGGAGAAGAGCAGGAGACAGAUAACUGA